CUGGCCUCCUCGUAAAAGAUUGCUACAAGUAUUGACAUGAUAAAAACAUUAUAAAUAGCCAGAAAGAAAAUUUAACAGCGGCCUGGAUGACUGAGUCUAUUCACCCCCUCUCUCUAUCUCUAUCCAUAUGUGUGUCAAGCAAGUGAACUAUCUAUCUAUCUAUGCUCUUUAUGCCAAACAAACAAAUCAAAUUAAAAUAGGCUAAACAAAGAAAGAAAGAGUGAGCUUUCCGGCAUGAGAAUAAGGAAGCAUGCGAAGGUCUCACCUCUCACGUACGCCGCCGCCUCUCUCAACUCCUCCGCCCUGCUCCAGACCCAUCUCUGCCAACUCAAUCAGUCUCCUUGGGACGUCGUCACCUUCCCUCUUCAAGUUGAAGAAGGAGAACAACCUUCUCCCUCCACGCCGUGUCCGCCGCCGCCGCACGCUCCCCUGGUCAGCCAAUCUCUCCUCUCUGCCUCUCCUCAGAUCCGCCUCUCCCCGUUUUUUAUUUCCCUUUCAAUCAACGCUUUUGCUUUUGGGUUAUUGUUAUUAUCGCUUAGGGCAUUAUAUGCUCGAAUGGGACUCCCAUUAGGGUUCGCGGGAGCCUCCAAAUGUCACCGUUUCCGUCGUGUUUUUAUGCAUUUUCACUCGAUUUCUGUGAUCUGUUUCCUCUGUUUUCCCCUAUUUUCCCCUUUGUGUUGGCUCUUACUAUUCUUAUUGUUGUUGUUUUGUAUCGUCAUUUCAGUUCGACGGAUGCGGAAGUUAUCCCCUUGACGGUUCAAAUGAAGCUGUUCACAGCCCUGAAUCCGGCAUGAUCUCUCCGGGCAGCCGCUUCCGGGACGCGGCAGAGCAAGAGCAUUCCGCGAAUCUGUGCUGCAAGACGGACGGCAAGGCGUGGCAGUGUAAACGAGAGGCCAAAGUGGGCCACACUUGGUGCGACCACCACAUGGAGCUGCUCAAGCACUGCAACAAGGUGUUGCCGGUGACGGAAAAUAAGCAGCCCGCUCCUCCUCCGGUGCCCGAAGAGUCCGUUGCGGCUACGACAAGCCGAGGGCGCCGCCCUCGGCCGAAGAAGACUUCGGGAGUCUCAUCGAACCCGUACGACUUAUAUUAUUACACCGGAUUUGGCCCGCUGUGGGGCAAGAAGAGAGGUCCGGGGAGAAUGAAGGAGAACUACAGCUCCCCGAACACAGCAGAAUUUGAGCCGAUAAACGGCGCAACUUCUUCGGGUUCGGAGAUGGACAGUCACGGAGUAGAAAUGGAUUAUUUGGAAGACGAAUUCCCCAGUGACAAUGACAACAACAAUGAUGGCAAGAAGAAGAAAGUACGGAAACCAGUCAAGGCCCGGUCCUUGAAAUCUCUCAUGUAAGACGACCAUACUUAUUCCGUACUAUUUUUCUUCAUUUCUUGUUCUAUUUUGGAUCCAGUACUCUUUCAUUUGUAGUGUGUGGAGAUGUUAAUUGUAUACAAUUCUUGCAUGAAAAAUAAAUUUCAUCAAUUGUUUUUGCUUUCA